AUGUUCGAUUGGGUUCAAAUCUAGGCUAUGCAAAACCUAAUCCAGAACUGAAAUACUAUGUGUUUUUAUCCACUAUUUUGUAUAUUGUGCUAUGUGACAUGGAACUAAAUCUUGUUGAAAUAUUAAAUUUGGAUCAUUAUGUAUCCACG